AUGAGUGAAACAAACGAAAAAGAAAAAUCAAAAUCUAACAAUCCAGCUUUGUUCAAUGUUGAAUCUUUUAAUAAAGCGGUUGCUUCUCGUGAUGAAAUAAUUGUUGCUCACGAAAAUACCAUUUCGACUUUAGAAGAACAAAUCGGUAAACAACAAACCACUAUUUCCGAUUUAAUGAAAAAAACUAAAUCUGAAGAAAGUGCUCGAAUUGCAGCCGAAAGUGAAUUAGCACAAAAAAAAGAAUUAAAAGUUGAACAUAAAGGAAAUUACUUUAAAACUGAAGAAGAAAAAUUUGCUGAUUCUUUUUCAAAGGAGGGGAAACUGUUUUCUAUGAGUAUGAAAACAACUCCGGUUUCCCCCGAUUGUUUUCUGCUCUUAAAAAAUAUGAGCAAUUUAGAAAACAACCUACCCAAUUUAGAAAAUGAAUUUUUAAAGGGAUUACGCAAUCGAACAGUAAUCGGCAAAAUCCAAAAUCAAGUAAUCAAAGAUAGCAAAAUUUUACCACAUGUUGAAGUUUUGACUAACCCCGGAGAUGCUGUGACGCAUAAGGCUGAAAUUACUGACGAAGAUAAAUUAAUUUUCUACACUGUUUUCAGCGAACCAAUUGAAAAAAUUGCAGUAGGAGACAAAGCUUCCGAAACUGUGGCCAAACAAGCCAAGCAAGUUGCUUAUGACAUUGCCGAUUUCUACGAUGAAGAGUUUGUCCAAAACUUCGCUUGUGAUUUAAGUCGGUAUCACGAAAAUGCAAUAGUUAAGUUGAAUGCUAAUCAGUUACAAAAUAUACAAUUGGUUGGAGAAAUUGCAAUCACAACUGGAUAUCAAAUGGUUUCCCCAUCAACAUCUUUCAACAAACGUGGCGAAAGAUGCAAUGUUCGAAAUACUAAGGAAAUUCUUUGUUUUGUUGAUAAUUCACUUUACGGCAAAGGACAAGUGGCCUCAAUCUAUCAGUCUCCUAGUCCAACUUUGGAGGCAUUAGAAAGAAUUUUCACAGUAAUUCCAUGUAAUAUGGUUGUUUACGAUGAAACAGUCAAAACUUCUUCACUAACUGGAGGUCUUGGAGGAACAAAAAAUAUUCUAACUGAUUAUUCCGACUUAAGCGAUAAAACUGAUAAAAUGACUGAGAAACAAGCCAAAGAAUGA